GUGCUGGCGCGACAUGAUUUCAGCCUUUCCGCGAUUUCGGCCCGCCGCUGACGCGCGCAGUCGCAUGCAGCUGCUGGGCACGGACGGCGCCGGCCUUCCCAUUGUACUAAUUCGCAACUAUGACGGAAAACGGGGCGACACCCUCGCUUCCGACGUCGAGAAGGCGCUCGGGAUCCACAUGGUGCACCAGGACCCGCAGCGGAACAUCAGCGGGUGCGGUGGUGCGGCGCAGACCGAUGCGCCGUCCGACAAGUACCAGAUCAUCAAGGGCAUCAUCAACUACGAGUUUGUGCACGGCGAAGAGUAUGUGGACAGCUGCAAGGCGCUCGAUAUGGCGGGUCGCGAUUUUGUCGCGAACGCGCUCUCCCUCAUCGAGCCCCACCUGUGCGAGGCGUCGACUCUCGCCGCACUGCCCGCCCUCGACGCGCUGCCGACGACCGCCAGGCCGCUCGGCAAGGACUCGGUCGACAAGGACUCGAAGCCAAGCCGCGUCGAGACGCAGGUCCUCUCGUACCCGGCCGGUACGGCUGAGGUAGGCUACCACCCGCACGUCGACAAGACGGGCACGCGCUGGGUCGCCCUCGCCAGCCUCGGCACCGCGCCGUGCGACUUCUUCUGGGACAUCGCACGCCCGGACAAGCAGCGCAGGAGCUGCGCCGCCGGCUCUUCAGGGUUCAACGCCGGCUCCUGCGAGCGGUGGGACCCGGACGCGGCGUCGCGGCAUGGCAGCAAGGGGCGGCCGACCAAGCUCAAGGGCGGCAAGGCCGCCGAUCGCGUGCCGUGCCGCAGCUGCCGAACGGUGACGAUGGCGCCCGGCGACGUGCUCGUCUUUUGCGGCGAGCCCUUCUCCUCCCGCGUCGUGCAUGGCGUGGACUCGGUCGGCGCGUCCGACCCGCUGCGCGAGGCCGCGGUGAACGCCGCCGGGCUGGGAUGGCUCCGCGGCCGGCGCAUCUCUUUGCUGGCGCGCGGCGCGAACCACCGCGAGCGCAUCGUCGAGUCGGACCAGAUGCACGAGCACUGCACCGCAGAAUAUCUCCAGAGGGCGAAGGAGCUCUUGGCGCUGCUGCGGACGACAGGGGAGGCGACCGAGCGCAGGCUGGCAGUUCGCGGGUCCUCCUUCUCUGGCGACCAGAAGCUGAUGCAGUUCGCGAAAAAGGCGGCGGACCGCGACGACGUGGCGGCGGACCGCACGCCUGGCCGGUCGAGGCGGCAGCGGAACUGCCACAACUUCUCCGAUGACGAGAAGCGCCGGGUAGGACUGCGAGUGAUGUGAAGGGCCGUGCCCGAUAGAGCGCAGCCAAGACGAAGCCGCGUGGGGGGGCUUGGUCUUUCACCACGCAAGCAAAAUGUACUCCAAU